GCCGUAGCUGCACCUCUAACCACCACUUUGCGACUGCGACCAAUACACUAGUGUGCUGCUAGCACGAUAAGCUUGUAUGCACCUCUCGUGUGCGACGUGAGGGUCAUCCCGAUCGAUAGGUGGGCAGAAUGGUGGCAACUACAGACGGAGUGGGAGACCAGUGGUAAAGCUUUCGUUCCAAACCGCUGUGCUUAAGAAUCAAACUGUGGACGACAUCUGGACUGUCGUCCCACUGUCAUUCCACUGUCAUUCCAUUUCGUUGGUAUUUAGUGACAUCAUGGCUCCCUCUAAACCACGAGUGAUCCAGCAAAAACAGCGGGAUGCUGCGACCAAACUCGACGUCAUAAUAGUCGGCGCUGGGCUUGGCGGCCUGGGAGCAGCCAUCUCCAUUUUACUGGAAGGUCACAAUGUGCAAAUCCUUGAAGUAGCAUCAGAAAUCGGGGAAAUUGGGGCCGGAAUUCAAUGUCUUCCCAAUUCCACACGCGUUCUGGUUUCCUGGGGUCUAGAGGAAGCUUUAUCAAAACUGGCUACCUCACCGCGAUUGUGCAACAUGAUCGGGUGGAAGGGUAAGAAGAUCUCAUAUAUGGAUUUCCACGAGUAUGAAGCACAUUGUGGCACACCGUUCUGGGAUUUUCAUCGUGCAAAUCUACACAUGGCAUUAUUGGAGAGAGCGGUCGAACUAGGCGCGAAAUUGAUGACGAACUCCAGAGUCGUGGAUAUUGAGUACGAAUCGAGCGAGGAUACUACAAAAGCGAUAGCCGUGUGCGAAAAUGCGCAGAGAUACAAAGCGGAUUUGGUAGUUGGUGCUGACGGAAUUAAUUCUGCGACCCGAGAGCUCUUACUAGGCCAUCCAGACCCUCCGCUACUGACUGGGGAUCUGGCUUACAGGUUGUUGCUGGACACUGAGCAAAUGAUGAAAGACCCUGACUUGAGACAUUUUGUCGAAGACCCCCAAGUCAACUACUGGAUUGGACCUGAUGCUCAUGCUGUCAACUAUGUUCUCAGAGGUGGCAAACUGUUCAACAUGGUCCUCUUGGUGCCAGAUGAUAUGCCCGCAGGCGCCAAUACCCUCGCUGGUAACGUUGAAGAAAUGCGUGCCCUAUAUGCAGACUGGGACCCACAGAUCCCCAAACUUCUAGCUCUUUGCAAGGACGUUUACAAAUGGCGCCUGAUGAUUCGCCCAGGACUGGAUCCGACUUGGUCGCACCCUUCUGCUGCUUUAACUAUCCUCGGCGAUGCUGCACAUGCUACACUUCCAUACCUCGCAUCUGGCGCUGGUAUGUCGCUCGAAGAUGGACAUGUGUUAGGCUUAUGUCUUGGUGCGAUCAAGAACAAGAGUAUAUCUGAAAAGAAGAAGGCACUGGACAUCUACGAGCGCUGCCGCCGUGAGCGCACUGAGCGAGUUGUGUCACGCGGAAACAGACAGCAGCAUCUCUACCACGUGCACGAUGGCAAAGAGCAGGAAGAACGUGAUCGCUUACUAGUUGAGUUCGCGAAAUUUAACGGCAAGGGCAAGAUCGAGAGGGGCCAGUAUGAGGCAGCAGGGUUGGGUCUUGAGAUGGAUCCCCUAGCUUGGAGAUGGGGUGGGGUGGGCAGUUGGUUGUUAAGUUAUGUUUGUGAGGAGGAUGUUGAGAAGAGGACUAGGGAGUUCGAGGCCGAUGCCGAGGAUAAAAUCUCAAGCCCAAGAAAGGCGAGCCAAGAGAGUGUGAGAGCCGUGCUGUAAAGUGGUAAACUGAAUUUCA